AUGGUGUCAGGGACGUGGCAUUAUCUGGUGCUGUUCACCGUUGUAAUACUGCGUUUCGGUGAGACGGCUGUCUGGGGCCUUCGGUACCAAGGGGCCGACGACUGGAACUCACUAGCGGCCGACGCGCCUCAUGUCGCCUCAGAGCCGGCAGAGAGUGGCAAUGCAGCCUCUUGGGCACUCCAGUCUUUUUUUCAAGCUUCCACAGGCAAAGCGGCCAAUGGAAGUCCCAGGCGAGGCCUGAGACACCGAGUUGCCGCCGGAUUUAGGCGGCUGGGGGACCGAGCACGCAGAGCUCUAGGUCGGAUCAGAGGUCGCCGCGGCGCUCAGCUUCCAGUUAGGCGAGCUGACAGUGAAGCAGGUCUCAUGGGUACCGAAGGCACAUACAGGGAAAGAGAGGGCAUAGGCUCUACUCAGUCCCUGCCUGACGACAGAAUUAUGGACAGCGGGGCCUCGCCAGAACAGCCCGUAGAAUCUCCAUCUGUUCCGUCGCCAUCCGGCCCUGCAACAGAUGAGCCACCGCCAACACCCAAACGCCCAGGACUGUCCCCACAAGUACCGCCCAGAACUCCUCUGCCAGUGCCUACACGGAGCCCCAGCCAAGUAAUUACUGCUCUAAAGGAAACGUCCGGCCAGUUAGAAGACGUGGGAGGCAAGCAUAAAGAGGGCACUGACGACGAUACCCAGAAGCAUAAUGCAUGGCUAAAAACCGUAGCUGUGCGAUGGCUGAGUGAACACUGUGACAAUUUGGAUCAAGCUCGGAGCCUUCUGGAGAGCGCCGACAUGGAUGAACAUACGCGCAAGCAGGUCUCUGCAGCUUUACACCGGGGACUUCAUGCUCGCGAUUUAGUACACACCAAACUUGGAGUAGAGUACCCGCUGGACGGCUGCGGCGGGCCUUCGCCACAAUCGCCACCAGAAACUCCACCGGCUACUAAGCCGACACCGGCUCAUCCAGGCCAGUCCCCCAAAACUCCACCGGCUACUAAGCCGACACCGGCUCAUCCAGGCCAGUCCCCCAAAACUCCACCGGCUACUAAGCCGACACCUGUCCCUUCGCCGGGGUCGGUACCCAGAGCUCCUCUGCCAGUGCCUACACGGAGCCCCAGCCAAGUAAUUACUGCUCUAAAGGAAACGUCCGGCCAGUUAGAAGACGUGGGAGGCAAGCAUAAAGAGGGCACUGACGACGAUACCCAGAAGCAUAAUGCAUGGCUAAAAACCGUAGCUGUGCGAUGGCUGAGUGAACACUGUGACAAUUUGGAUCAAGCUCGGAGCCUUCUGGAGAGCGCCGACAUGGAUGAACAUACGCGCAAGCAGGUCUCUGCAGCUUUACACCGGGGACUUCAUGCUCGCGAUUUAGUACACACCAAACUUGGAGUAGAGUACCCGCUGGACGGCUGCGGCGGGCCUUCGCCACAAUCGCCACCAGAAACUCCACCGGCUACUAAGCCGACACCGGCUCAUCCAGGCCAGUCCCCCAAAACUCCACCGGCUACUAAGCCGACACUGGCUCAUCCAGGCCAGUCCCCCAAAACUCCACCGGCUACUAAGCCGACACCGGCUCAUCCAGGCCAGUCCCCCAAAACUCCACCGGCUACUAAGCCGACACCGGCUCAUCCAGGCCAGUCCCCCAAAACUCCACCGGCUACUAAGCCGACACCGGCUCAUCCAGGCCAGUCCCCCAAAACUCCACCGGCUACUAAGCCGACACCGGCUCCUCGAGGCCAGUCCCCCCAAACUCCACCGGCUACUAAGCCGACACCGCCUCCUCGAGGCCAGUCCCCCCAAACUCCACCGGCUACUAAGCCGACGCCUGUCCCUUCGCCGGAGUCGGUACCCAGAGCCCCUCUGCCACAGCCGUCUCGAACGCCCAGUGAAGUGGUCAACAGAAUGAAUCAGUCGUCCACGAUGUUACAAUCCUUCGCAAGCCAGGCGUACCGGGGUUCUGACCCCGAGAAACUCAGGAACAAUGAAUCGCUCAAACUUAAAGCAACGGUGUACAGGAAUGACCACUGCGAUGAUAUUGACGAAGCAAAAGCCCUUCUGGCCCGUAAUGACAUGCGUCAGACGGAGAGCUUUCGGGUCGCUGCAGCCCUUGAUCGGGCAAGGCUAGCUCGCGAUGCAGCUAAGGAAAAACUUGGAGUAGAGUUCCCGCCGGAUCGGUGCCAGUGA